CUGACGCCGCCGGCAGCUAGGGAGUUGGGGUCUGUUGGGUCGCCAGCAGCAGCAUAGCCGGUCUUGAAACUGCGGGCCUCUUCCUGCCUCCUCMGGGGCUCCAGCCUCGGCUUUCCCCCUAGCACUCGGCGUCGCCGCUGGCGCCGCCGCCCGAUCCGCAGGCCGCCGCGGGCCGCGGAGCCCAUGAAGGCGCGGGCCCCGCCGCCGCCCCCGCGGCGUCGCCGUCGUCCCGGAACGUCCCGAGCCGGCGCGGGCAUGGCCGCAGCAUGAACGCCGGGCCGCCGCGGGAGCCAGAGUGGAAGGCGGCUUCGCAGCCCGAGGCGGGAGCCAUGCAGGAGAAGCGCGCGGGCGCGCAGGCCCCGGGCAGCAGCUGGCUCCAAGGCUUUGGCCGACCAAGUGUUUACCAUGCUGCUAUUGUCAUCUUCCUAGAAUUCUUUGCAUGGGGCCUCUUAACAACGCCAAUGUUGACUGUUCUACAUGAAACGUUUCCUCAACACACAUUCCUCAUGAAUGGUCUCAUUCAAGGUGUAAAGGGCCUGCUCUCUUUCCUGAGUGCCCCCCUCAUAGGCGCUCUGUCCGACGUGUGGGGGAGGAAGCCUUUUCUCCUUGGCACUGUGUUCUUCACCUGCUUCCCUAUCCCACUGAUGAGGAUCAGCCCGUGGUGGUAUUUUGCGAUGAUUUCUGUGUCUGGAGUCUUCUCGGUCACAUUCUCUGUGAUAUUUGCCUAUGUAGCUGAUGUCACUCAGGAGCACGAGCGAAGUACUGCUUAUGGAUGGGUCUCAGCCACUUUUGCAGCUAGUCUGGUCAGCAGCCCUGCCAUUGGAGCAUACCUUUCUGCGAGUUAUGGAGACAGCCUCGUUGUGCUAGUGGCCACAGUGGUGGCUCUUCUGGACAUCUGUUUCAUCUUGGUGGCUGUUCCAGAAUCUUUGCCAGAGAAAAUGAGACCGGUUUCCUGGGGAGCUCAGAUUUCUUGGAAACAAGCAGACCCUUUUGCGUCAUUGAAGAAAGUUGGGAAAGAUUCUACUGUCUUCUUAAUCUGCAUCACCGUGUUUCUUUCGUAUCUUCCUGAAGCUGGACAGUAUUCAAGUUUUUUUCUCUAUCUCAGGCAGGUCAUAGGCUUUGGAUCUGUUAAAAUUGCAGCAUUCAUUGCUAUGGUAGGAAUUCUGUCUAUCGUAGCUCAGACGGUCUUUCUUAGCAUCUUGAUGAGGUCGUUGGGGAAUAAGAAUACUGUCCUUCUUGGCUUGGGCUUCCAGAUGCUCCAGUUGGCCUGGUAUGGUUUUGGAGCUCAGGCCUGGAUGAUGUGGGCUGCAGGGACCGUGGCUGCCAUGUCCAGCAUCACAUUCCCGGCAGUCAGCGCUCUCGUCUCUUGGAAUGCAGAUUCAGAUCAGCAAGGAGUUGCCCAGGGGAUCAUAACUGGAAUAAGAGGACUAUGCAAUGGCCUGGGGCCAGCACUGUAUGGCUUUAUAUUCUACAUGUUCCACGUAGAAUUGACUGAGUUAGGCCCAGAAUUGAAUUCUAACAGUGAUGCCCUACAGGGAGCUGUCAUCCCAGGCCCACCAUUUUUAUUUGGAGCAUGUAUAGUUCUUAUGUCUUUUCUGGUUGCCUUAUUCAUCCCUGAAUACCGGAAAGCCAGUGGAGUUCAAAAACAUAGCAACAGCAUCAGCGGAAACCUAACCAACACCCCAGAACGAGGCAGUGAUGAGGACAUUGAGCCACUGCUGCAAGAUAGUAGCAUCUGGGAGCUCUCCUUUGAAGAGCCUGGGAAUCAGAGCACUGAGCUGUAAACUCAGCAGAAAAUGGGAUUCUGCAGAUGAYCACCUCUGAGAGCCAUGGAGGGAGCCGCAGCACAUGGAGACUUCAUGGUGCUGGAGGGGCGAUGCUAGUGGCAUCCUUCGGGCCAAGUUGAUAAGUGACUCCUUCUGUCUCUCUGCCCUUCCUCCUGUCCCUCCUUCCGUUUCUUUUCUCUCAUUCUUUUUUAUUUGUACAUUAGAAGAAGGUAAGAUUUGAAAUACUUCCCUGCAGAUAAUGUACAACUCUCGAGGUCAUCUGGCGUCUACACUUUGAAAAGUCAUCUCUGAUAGAAAACAUGGAUUUCCUUUAAUAACUGGAAUAAUCUUUCCAUGGCUUUUUGAACAGAAGGUGCAGGAUUAGAGUGAAACUGCCAUCUUGGGCAAGAUUUCAAGUAAAGAAUCCCUUCUUUUUUCUUCCGUCCUCCUUCUUGAAUUAUUCCCACUUAGCCCAGAGGUAUUGAUGAGUGGCUAUUCUUAAUAGUCACUCAGUUUCAGGGAUCUUUUGCCUUUGUCCAAAGGUCAAAUGAAAACCUAAUUUUACUCUCCCUUUAUUUCCUCUACACCCAGUGCUUGUCUAAAAUGAACAUUAAUAAUAUGGAUUGAUGGUAACCUUAACCAGCUUGAAGAAAAUCUUUCUUACAAAUUCAGAUAUGUUGAACUACCAACUCAGAUUCCUGGACCUAGUGUCUGAUCAGAUUCAAGGUGAUUUUACAGAAGAAAAAAAGAAAAUAUAUCAAGCCUAAGAUGAUUUUAAAGAUGAAAAAAAGUCCAUCUAGCCC